AUGGCCAAGAUGUUGGCUAAUAGAAUGAAAACGCUUAUGGGUGAUCUCAUCUCGGAAUCCCAGAGUGCGUUUAUUCCAGGGAGAUUAAUUACAGAUAACAUAUUGGUAGCAGCGGAGGUGGGACACUACUUAAACAGGAAACAGUGUGGUGUUGUGGGGUGGAGUGCGCAAAAGUUAGACAUGUCAAAGGCUUAUGAUAGAAUGGAAUGGACGUUUCUGGAAAGAAUGUUGAUUGAAGCUAGUGUCAUCAAGCAAUGCUUGGUAAGGUACGAUAAGUUAUCCGGGCAGGUGGUGAAUUAUAAUAAGUCCAAUAUAUGCUUUAGCCGGAACACUCACGAGGAGGACAGAACGCAAGUAGCGAGCUGCCUUGAGGUUGAACAAGCGACCAAUUUUGAGAAAUAUCUUGGCCUACCAUCUUUUGUGGGCAGGAAUAAGAGAGAUGUUUUUUCUUAUGUGGAGGAAAAAAUCAGCCAAAGGAUUGGAUCGUGGAGUAAAAAGUUGCUAUCUCAGGCUGGUAAGGAAGUGUUGUUGAAAAGCGUAGCUCAAUCUAUGCCUACUUUUUCAAUGAGCGUUUUUUUAUUACCUGAGACAAUUUGUCAGUCCAUUGAGCGAACCAUGAAUAAAUUCUGGUGGGAAAAUGGCAGGGAAAGGGGAAUACAUUGGAAGGCUUGGGAUAGAUUGUGUUUCCCUAAGAAAUUUGGUGGUUUGGGUUUUAAAGAGUUAAGAGCGUUUAACCUGGCCAUGUUAGGAAAACAGGCAUGUCGUUUUCUUACUAACCCAGGAUCUCUUGCAGCAAGAAUAUAUAAGGCUCGUUAUUACCCCACAACUAGUUUUGUUGAUGCUACUAUUGGGAAUUGCCCAAGUUUCUGUUGGAGGAGUAUAAUGGCGGCACACGCAAUAGUGACAGCUGGGGUGCGACGUAGAAUUGGAAACGGACAGACAACUCUAAUAUGGGGUCAUCCUUGGCUGCCGGAUAAUCCUAGCCCCUUGGUACAAACGGAUAUUCCAGAAGAAUUAAGAGAAGCACGAAUAGCAGGUUUAAUUGAUCCACGAACAAACACAUGGGAUCCGCUUAUUCUAUCUGAUCUUUUUAUUCUUGAGGAUGUGAACCGGAUAAUUAUGAUCCCUGUUAGCCCUGACUACGAUGACUCAUGGUAUUGGAUGGGAGACCCAAAAGGGACAUAUACAGUUAAGACGACGCUUAUAGGCGUAUUGUUGGAGAUUUUGAGAAUAACCCAGAGAGUGGAAGUGGACCCAAUAUGCCCAAUGUGUGCUUUAGAUCAUGAAGAUGUGUUGCAUGCUUUAGUGUUCUGCGAAUAUUCUACACUUAUUUGGAAUAUAACACAAUUGCCUAUCACAAAUAUUGCUACAGAUUCCUUUUCAACAUGGCUAAUGGGGGCUUUGGCGGUCUUAACGGAAGAGAAAAGCCGGCUCUUGGUGGCCGUGCUAUACCAUAUUUGGAGAGGCCGCAACUCAGCCGUGUGGAAGGGGGCCAUGAUGCGGCCAGCCGACGUCGCGAGAGGAGCGACAGCGUCCAUGCAGGCGUACGGCAGUGCACAUCACCGCCAAGCACUGCCGGAUCCGACACCAAUGACUGGAACGAAGACGCAUGGCAACCUGAGAUGCUAUGUGGACGCGGGUUUUCAACAAGGCACCGGGGAGGCCACGUAUGGAAUUGUUUUAAUAUCACAGGAGGAAUCCUUCAUAGCGGCAAAAAAUGGCAAAUCGCCAUUUUGUUUCUCACCACUGAUGGCAGAGGCACUGGCUUAUAAGGAGGCGCUAUCUUGGCUACUAGAAAGGAACAUCACAUCAGUAUGCCUUCUCACGGAUUGCAUGGUUUUACGGAGUGCUGUGCAGCAGCAAAAUACACCGAUCUACUCGUAUGUUGGGGUCAUGGUUGACCAAUGCAGAACAUUAAUGUCUUUAUUUAGUCAUAUUUCGUUAAAUUAUGUUCCUAGAUAG